GUUCUUCAAGAACCCCAGCUGUUCAGAGCCGAUCAUAAGCGAGUGUAAAGGCGAAUUAGUGUAUGCCACAAAGGCUUUCAAGAACCGGCAACAGUAUAUCUGUGAGAACAGAUUCACUAGGAAAGGAAUGAGGAAUCUGAAUACCUGCGUGAGACAGUACCACCGUUACUUCUCCAACUGCCAGGAGAAGCGGCUGCAGAAGCUAGAGGGCGCAACAUACGUCACUUCCCCGUCCUCCAGCGCCCACCCCUGGUGCAACCUCACCAACGACUACAUCAUCUGCGUAUACUCCAUCAUGGCUUUUGGCUGUAACUUCGAGGUGGCCAACAAGUACAUGGAGACGGUCAACCAAUCAGCGCCCGUGGUAGAAGCUAUCUACGGCUACGGGUGCUCCUUCGGUCAUCCAAUGGACAUCCUCAGCACAACGUCAUCCCCGCCAGAGACCACAGGGUACUCCGGGGGCCGGCCUGUGGGCGGCUACAACUCCGGCGGCCAUCGCUCCAGGGGGACCCGUCGUGGCUCUACAGCGGGCCUCCGAGUGGGCGGAGUCACAGCGUUUGGACUGUCCGGAUGGGCGUGGCUUGUGCUGCUGUUCUGCUCGCAUUGGAUGAUUUCUUCUUCGUUGUCAAACGCUAACCCCUUGCGGAGUGUGAGAGCCUCGCUGAUUCCAUGUCCGCAACAGAGAUGACAGAAUUGACGAACGGCUUCCAUAAGGACUCUCAUCUACUUCGUCAUUAUGCUGGUGGCUGUGACGAUGACAAUAAAUUCACACCUCCUCCCCAAUUAUUCUUAAAAGUAAAAGUGUCUCCUCAAAUGGCGUCAAUGAGACCCACAUGUAAGCCACAGAGAGUGGAGACCCUGGUUGUGCGUAUUAGGUCCAGUAAGUAGCGAAUAAGGGGGAGGGAGCGUUAAAGUUUACUUUUACCAAUGUGGCAAUCUAUGGAAUGUACAGAAUGGUUUUACCGUCAACUAAAGGCAACAACAACAACAACAACAGCAACAACAACAACAACAACAACAACAACAACAACAACAACAACAACAACAACAACAACAACGACAACAACAACAACAACGACGACGACGACGACGACGACGACGACAACAACGACAACAGCAUUCACCAUUCUCCUCGUUACUAAAUACAUUUACAGAGGUUGCAGACAGAAGGGCCAGCUGAGUGCACGUCAGAAUACACGGAAAAUAUAAACAGCCCUGUGCUAUUCCAUCUUCAAGCUUCUGACCCUCAGUGGGGUUGGUCAGAACCACAACCAGUCGGUCCCCAGCUUCCAAGUCUUCGCCAAUCAAAAGGGAAGAGUUUCGUGUGGUCACUUCCUACCCAUUGAUGACGUCAGCUGUUUUGUCAUAACACUUACAUGUAUAAGGCUGCCUGUGGAUAUGUACACUAAUGUAGUCGAAAUAGACAGAUGGAUGUCUUGGACAGUGACGGUAUAAUGUAGAAAAAAAAACCUCGAGGAGUUACUGAGAGAAUGUGGUUUGUUCAGGGUUGUCUUGGACGAAUUGCUGUUAAAGCAA